AUGGCUCGUGCCCACGGUGGUCUUACCAGCGCCGGAAAGGUCCGCAAGUGCACUCCGAAGAAGGAGAAGAAGGAGAAGCCCCGCCCGCCUCGUGGGCGUGCAUACAAGCGUCUGCUCUAUAACAAGAACUUCGUGGAUGAUACCCUCAUACACAACGGGCGCCGCCUCGGCCCCAACAACCUCUUGAUCCGCCAGAAGCUCGGAUUUUAG